UCAUGGUCGUAGCAACGGUUCAAGAAAUCAAGAAGUGAUAUUGAAGAAUAACCUGGUAGUACGUAGCUAUGCGAAGUCUACUAUGCAGUGGAGGUAAAAAGUUGGGGGAAUGGGAGAAUAAUCUUCAUUUUCUUCCAUUAGGAUGCUGUAAUUCAAGUCUUAGGAAUCGAGUUAACCGUUUCAGUUCAACCCCAGGUCUCAUUGCCGAGCUGGCCAAAGAUAAAACUAGUGCCGACUUCGAGUUAUGUGAGGCCUCUCGAUUGUUCAGUUCUGGCACUAAACCGGAUGCUUAUGCUCUGGUUCACCUGCUUCGAGCCGUCGCUAACCUUGGCUGUGCCUCACUUGGACAUCAGCUCCACAGCUAUGUUUUGCGUUCUGGGUAUUUAUCCGAUGCCAAUGCCUCCGCCGCGCUCAUUAGAUUUUACGUCGGAAUGCAGUCAAUUGGUGAUGCCCACAGAUUGUUCGAUGAAAUCCCUCAACCGAAUGUGAUUUCUUGGAACACCAUGAUUUCUGGGUACGCACAUUCCGGGCAGUUUCGUAAAGCCUUGUCUGUUUUGCUUCAGCUGCAAAAAUCUGACAUAUAUGCCGACGCGUUCUCAUUUACAUCAGGUUUAGCUGCUUGCGGCCACCUGAGUUUCUUGAAGCUUGGCAGGUCAAUUCAUUCCAGGGUUCUGAAAUCUGGGUUGGUUGGAGAUACUGUUGUUGCCAAUUGCUUGGUUGAUAUGUAUGGCAAAUGCGAGUGUGCUGAAGAGGCUGUUCGAGUGUUCUCUGAGAUAACUAACAAGGACGUUAUUUCUUGGAAUUCAGUAAUAGCUGCGAGUGCUAGCAACGGGAAAAUUGAACAAGCAUUUCAUUUUUUGCACCUCAUGCCUAACCCUGACACUAUUUCAUACAAUGGACUGAUAAACGGCAUAGCUCAGGUGGGGAGUAUGGAAGAAGCAGUUCAGAUUUUAUCCACCAUGCCAAAUCCAAAUUCUUCAUCGUGGAAUUCAAUAAUCACAGGAUAUGUGAAUAGGAAUCAAGCUCCGGCAGCCUUGGAUAUGUUCAGUAAGAUGCACUCGAGAAACGCAGGGAUGAACGAGUUCACAUUUUCUAUCAUUUUAAAUGGGAUUGCCUGUCUAUCAGCCUUGACAUGGGGAAUGCUGAUUCAUUGUUUCACUAUUAAGUAUGGUCUGGAUACAUCUGUGGUUGUUGGUAGUGCUUUAAUCGACAUGUACUCAAAAUGUGGGCAGGUUAAGAAUGCCGAAUCAAUUUUCGAAUCACUGUCUAGCAGGAAUCUGGUAAGCUGGAACGCUUUGAUCUCUGGCCAUGCUCGUAGCGGUGAUUCUAUCAGAGUUAUCCAACUCUUUGAGCUGCUCGAAACGGAUAAACAUACAAAACCUGAUGGUAUCACAUUUCUUAACCUGUUUUUUGCGUGUUCCCACAAUCAAAUACCUCUUGAGGUUGCAACUCGGUACUUCAAAUCCAUGAUCAGUGAUUAUGGAAUAGUUCCGACCAUCGAGCAUUGUUGCUCGAUAAUUCGGCUGAUGGGACAAAAAGGGGAGUUAUGGAGAGCUGAAAGUAUGAUACACGAACUUGGCUUUGAGAAGUGUGGAUUGGUUUGGAGAGCUUUACUUGCUGCUUGUGAAAUUAACAGAGAUUUAAAAAUAGCAGAGGUUGCGGCUGCUAAUUUGAUGAAAUUGGAGGGCAAUGAAGAUUAUGUUUACGUGAUUAUGUCUAAUCUCUAUGCAUCUUGUCGAAGAUGGGAAGAUGUUAGUAUAAUUAGGGGCAUCAUGAGGAAAAAAAGAGUGAGAAAAGAUGCAGGUUCUAGUUGGAUAGAAGUAGAGAAUUUUGUCCCCUAUUCUUCCGCUGCUGGAAUAAAAUAA